AUGGCAUCUAUAUAUAAAUCCUUAUAUAUAUCUAUAGACAUUGUGUUACAAUUUUCUUUUGCUAAAAAAACUUCUCGCAUAUCAGGACGAAGUAUUGGUUCAUCUCCCCAACAUCCUAGCAAAUAA